GGGCUUGGCGGGACCGGCGCCGCGAUGCGACACCUGUGGCUCUGGGCGGCCUGGGGCCUCUGGGGGCUGCUCCUGUGUGCCGCGGAGCCCCGCACAGAUGGCUCUAAAAUAAUCCCCAAAAUCACAGAAACAAUACCUAAAUACGGCAGCAUCAACGGAGCAACAAGGCUGACUAUCAAAGGAGAGGGUUUUGCUCAAGCAAACCAGUUUAACUAUGGAGUUGAAAAUGCUGAGCUGGGAAACAGUGUACAAUUAGUUUCUUCUUUCCAGUCAAUUUCUUGUGAUGUAGAAAAAGAUGCAAGUCAUUCAACUCAUAUUACAUGUUAUACUAGAGCAAUGCCAGAAGAUUCCUACACUGUUAGAGUCAGCGUGGAUGGGAUUCCUAUUACAGAAAACAAUACCUGCAAAGGUCACAUCAACAGCUGGGCGUGUAGCUUCAGUGCAAGAAGCUUCAGAACACCAACAAUCAGGAGCAUCACACCAUUAUCUGGAUCUCCAGGUACAUUAAUAACAAUCCAAGGGAGAAUCUUCACUGAUGUCUAUGGAAGUAAUACUGCACUAAGCUCAAAUGGGAAAAAUGUUAGGAUUUUGAGAGUUUAUGUUGGAGGAAUGCCCUGUGAACUUCUCAUACCACAGUCUGAUAAUUUGUAUGGUCUAAAACUAGACCAUCCAAAUGGAGAUUUGGGUUCUAUGAUUUGUAAAACAACUGGGACUUACGUUGGUCAUCACAAUGUCAGCUUCAUCUUAGAUAGCGAUUAUGGAAGGAGUUUACCGCAGAAAACAACAUAUUUUGUUUCAUCUCUCAAUAAAAUUUCAAUGUUUCAAACAUAUGCAGAGGUCACUAGGAUUUCACCUUCACACGGAAGUAUCCAAGGGGGCACCACACUAACAAUCAGCGGUCGGUUCUUUGAUCAAACUGACCUCCCAGUCAGAGUGCUAGUUGGAGGUCAGGCCUGUGAUAUUUUGAAUAUCACAGAAAAUAGUAUAUAUUGCAAGACACCACCCAGACCUCAUCUUCCAAGAACUGUAUAUCCAGGUGGGAGAGGCUUAAAGCUGGAGGUAUGGAACAAUAGCCGGCCGGUACGUCUUGAAGAGGUUCUUGAAUACAAUGAAAAUACACCAGGAUACAUGGGUUCCAGUUGGGUAGAUUCAGCUUCCUAUGCUUGGCCCAUGGAUCAAGACACAUUUGUGGCACGGUUUAGUGGAUUUCUGGUGGCUCCCGAUUCUGAUGUUUAUAGAUUCUACAUCAAAGGCGAUGACCGUUAUGCUAUUUAUUUCAGCCAGACUGAAUUACCAGAUGAUAAGGUGAGGAUUGCAUAUCAUUCUGCAAACGCCAACAGCUAUUUUUCCAGUCCGACACAAAGAUCAGAUGAGAUUCAUCUUCAGAAAGGAAAAGAAUAUUACUUUGAAAUCUUGCUACAGGAGUAUAGACUAAGUGCUUUUGUUGAUGUUGGGCUGUACCAGUCUAGAAAUGUCUACACUGAACAGCAAACAGGAGAUGCAGUAAAUGAAGAACAAAUUAUCAAAUCCCAGUCAACAGUUAUUCAGGAAGUACAGGUUAUAACAUUGGAAAACUGGGAAACAACUAAUGCAACUAAUGAGGUUCAGAAGAUCACAGUGACCAGCCCUUGUGUGAAAGAUAAUUCUUGUUCACUUUACCAAUACAGAUUAAUCUAUAACACGGAAAAAACUUUCUUGCUACCGGCUGAUGCUUCUGACUUGGUACUGCAAUCAGCCCUAAAUGGCCUCUGGUCUAUAAAACCAGAUACAGUUCAAGUAAUACGGACACAGAACCCUGAGAGCUAUACCUACAUGAUAACCUUUAUAUCAACUAGAGGAGACUUUGAUCUACUCAGUUAUGAAGUAUUUGAAGGGAAUAAUAUCACACUGGAUAUUACAGAAGUAACCAAAGGAAAACCCAGUUUGGAGACAUUCACACUGAGUUGGGAUGGGAUUGCUUCCAAGCCUCUUACCCCAUGGUCAUCAGAAGCUGAAUUUCAGGCAGCAGUGGAGGAAAUGGUUAGUGCCAAGUGUCCACCGCAAAUUGCAAAUUUUGAGGAAGGAUUUGAGGUGAAAUACUUCAGAGAUUAUGAAACUGCUUUUAACCUGGAACAUAUUAAUAGAGGGCAGAAGACAGCUGAGACUGAUGCUUACUGUGGUCGUUAUUCCCUGAAAAACCCAGCUGUUCUUUUUGAUUCAGCAGAUGUUAAACCAAACAGACUACCAUAUGGAGACAUUUUAUUAUUUCCUUAUAAUCAGUUAUGUUUAGCAUACAAAGGAUUCCUGGCAAAUCAUAUCGGUCUAAAAUUCCAAUACCAAGACAGUACCAAGACUACUAGAAGCAUGGAUGUACAAUUUCCAUUUAACUUUGCUGGUGGAAACAACUGGACCUAUACUUGUGUAGACCUUCUAGACCUCAUACAAACCAAAUAUGCUGGGACUAAUUUUUCUCUUCAAAGGAUUAGUUUACAGAAGGCAUCACAAUCAGAGUCCUUCUAUGUGGAUAUAGUAUACAUUGGACAGACAUCUACGAUCUCAACAUUGGAUGAAUUGCCAAAGAGAAGAUUACCAGCAUUAACAAGUAGAGGAAUAUAUUUAAAGCACUUUCAGGUGAAUCGGACCAAAAUAAAUGGAUCAACUAUGACGAACCAGUAUUCUGUCACCAUGACUCCAUAUAAUUGCAGUUAUCAUAUCCCCAUGAUGGCUACUGGCUUUGGGCAGAUAAUCACAAAUGAGACGGAGAAUGAAUCUGUUUACAGAGGAAAUAAUUGGCCAGGGGAGUCUCAGAUUCGUAUUCAAAGAAUUCAAGCAGCGUCUGCACCUCUAAGUGGUAGCUUUGACAUUCAAGCUUAUGGACAUAUUCUCAAAGGCCUCCCUGCUGCUGUGUCAGCUGCAGAUUUACAGUUUGCUCUCCAGAGCCUGGGAGAAAUGGGACGAGUUUCAGUUACUCGAGAGGGAACCUGUGCUGGAUAUUCAUGGACAAUCAAGUGGAGGAGCAUGUGUGGAAAGCAGAAUAUUCUACAGACUAAUGAUUCCAACAUUAUUGGAGAAAAGGCUAAUAUGACAGUCACAAAGAUAAAGGAAGGUGGCUUAUUCAGACAGCGCAUUCUUGGAGACCUACUUCGUACACCCAAUCAACAGCCGCAGGUUCAAGUCUAUGUCAAUGGAAUUCCAGCUAAAUGUUCAGGUGACUGUGAGUUUACAUGGGAUCCCAUGACUACUCCCCUAGUCUUGGCCAUCAACCCUUCUCAAGGGUCCUAUGAAGAAAGCACAAUUCUAACCAUAUCAGGCUCUGGAUUUUCUCCUAGUUCAGCUGUAUCAGUCUCAGUUGGACCAAUAGGCUGCUCUCUUCUUUCUGUGAAUGAAAAAGAGAUCAAAUGCCAGAUUCAGAACGGAAGUGCUGGACAUUUCCCAGUUGCUGUGUCCAUAGCUGAUGUUGGACUAGCACAGAAUGUGAAGGAUGAGGUAUUCCACUUCACCUAUCAGAGUCACAUCUCACACAUCUGGCCUGCUUCUGGAAGCCUAGCAGGUGGUACUCUACUGACUAUAUCUGGAUUUGGCUUUAAUGAAAAUUCAAAGGUAUUAGUUGGAAAUGAAACCUGCAGUGUGGUUGAAGUGGAUUUGAAUAUUAUAACCUGCAGAACACCAAAAAGAAUUGAAGGUACAGUUAAUGUAUCAAUUAUUACUGAUGGAUUUCAAGCCACAGCAAAUGAUGCUUUUAGUUAUAACUGUUUACAGACUCCAGUUAUAACUGAUUUUAACCCCAAAGAACGGGCAAUACUCGGAGAAGUUUAUUUAACAAUUAAGGGCUAUAACUUUGGAAAUGAACUCACACAAAACAUGGUGUACGUUGGAGGAAAAACCUGCCAGGUUCUUCACUGGAAUGUCACAGAUAUUAGAUGCCUUUUGCCCAAGUUGCCUCCUGGAAAACAUGAUGUCUAUGUAGAAGUCAGAAAUUGGGGUUUUGCAUCAAAAAGAGACAAGUUACAUGUUUCUAUACAGUAUAUUUUGGAAGUGACCAACAUGUUUCCACAGAGAGGGUCCUUAUAUGGUGGAACUGAAAUCACUAUAAUGGGUUUUGGGUUCAGCACUAUACCAGCUGAAAACACUGUGCUUUUAGGUUCCUUUCCUUGCAAUGUGAUAUCAUCUUCAGCCAGUGUCAUAAAAUGUGUUCUUCAUUCAACAGGGAAUGCAUUCAGGGUUACUAACAAUGGGGAAGAUUCAGAACAUGGAUUAGGUUAUGCCUGGUCCCCAUCAGUCUUAAAUGUAUCCGUGGGCGACACGGUGACAUGGCGUUGGCAAGCACAUCCGUUUCUCAGGGGAAUAGGAUAUAGAGUUUUCUCUGUCUCCAGCCCUGGAAGUGUAAUUUACGAUGGCAAAGGGUUUACUAGUGGAAGGCAAAAAUCUGCAUCUGGCUCAUUUUUUUACCAAUUUACGUCACCUGGAGUCCAUUAUUAUAGCAGUGGGUAUGUGGAUGAUGCUAACUCCAUUUUUCUCCAAGGAGUCAUUAAUGUUUUACCAGCUGAAACCAGGAACAUCCCCCUGCACCUGUUCGUGGACAGCACUGAAGCCACAUACGUCCAGGGAGGACCUGAGAAUUUGAACUUGGGAAGCUCUGUGGCAGGCUGCCUAGCAACAGAACCCGUCUGUGGCCUGAACAAUACCGGGGUUAAAAAUUCAGACAGAUUGCUCUUUGAGCUUUCAAGUUGUUUUUCACCAUCUAUAAACAACAUUAGUCCAUCCAUUGGAACAGUAAAUGAAUUGAUAACAGUUACUGGACAUGGCUUCAGUAAUCUCACAUGUGCUAACAAGGUUACAAUUGGUAGCUACCCCUGUGUUGUAGAAGAAAGCAAUGAAUAUUCCAUUAUGUGUCAUAUUGACCCUCAAAACUCAAUGGAUGUUGGCAUCAGGGAAGUGGUCACAUUAACUGUCCACAACCUGGGCACUGCUAUCAACACACUGGCCAGUGAAUUUGAUAGGCGAUUUGUACUUCUACCAAGCAUUGACAUGGUGUUGCCACUUGCAGGAUCAACUACAGGAAUGACAAAACUGACCAUAAAAGGCUCUGGAUUUGCAGCUUCUCCUGCUAACGUAGACGUCCUCAUGGAUCGUUUACCAUGUAAAGUUCUAUCAGUGAAUUAUACAGCCAUUGAAUGUGAAACACCUCCUGCUCCUCAGCACCUUGUGGAUAUAGCUCUUCUAAUACAUGGUGUGCCUGCCCAGUGCCAGGAGAACUGCAGCUUUUCAUAUUUAGACAGCCUAACUCCUAUCCUAACAAGAAUCAUCCCAGACAGUAUUAAUGGAUCUGUACAAGUUCUUAUAGAAGGAGAAGGUUUUGGAACUAUCUUGCAGGACAUUGCUGUUUUCAUUGGAAAUCAACAGUUCAGAGCAAUAGAUGUUAAUGAAAAUCACAUCACUGUUCUUGUGACUCCUCUCCCAGCUGGACUUCAUUCUCUUAGUGUUGUGGUGGGAACUAAAGGCUUGGCUCUGGGAAACCUUACUGUCAGCAGCCCUGCAGUAGCAUCUGUCUCACCAACUUCUGGAAGCACAGGAGGUGGAACUACUUUGUCGAUCACUGGAAAUGGCUUCUAUCCAGGCAAGACCACAGUCAUUGUUGGAGAUAACCCUUGUGAAAUUAUUUCUGUCAACUUCAGUGAAGUCUACUGCCAUACCCCAGCAGGGGAAGCUGCAAUGGUGGAUGUAAAGGUCUUUGUUAGUGAAGUUGCUUACCCACCUCUGUCAUUUACAUAUGCCGUGGAGGAUACUCCAUUUCUUGGAGGAAUUGUCCCAAGUAGAGGUCCACCAGGAACUGAGAUUCAAAUCACUGGACUUAAUUUUGGUAUUGAUGUCUUGGAAGUUUCAGUGAUGAUCAGUAAUACUCAGUGUAAUGUAACCACGGUCAAUGAUAGUGUACUGAAUUGCAUUGUUGGAGAUCAUGCCGGUGGCACUUUCCCAGUUACAAUGCACCAUCAGACAAAAGGCUCUGCUGUGUCCAGAGUUAUAUUCGAGUACCCGCUCACUAUUCAAAAUAUUCAUCCAAGCCAAGGAAGCUUUGGUGGUGGUCAAACCAUGACCGUGACAGGCACUGGGUUUAAUCCACAAAAUUCAGUUAUAUUAGUGUGUGACUCAGAGUGUGCAGUUGACAAGCUUAGAUCCGGUUACACAACCUUAUUAUGUAAUAUUCCACCUAAUAAUGGCAGUGGACCUGAGCAAACCUGUGAAGUGAAUGUGGUUAAUGGGAAGGAUUUAUCACAGGCCCCAACUCCCUUUACCUACAAUGUGUCACUGACUCCACUUAUCACCGAAAUUGCUCCCAAGAGAGGCAGUACAGCAGGGGGCACCAGACUUACAGUCAUGGGAUCAGGAUUCAGUGAAGAUAUGCAGGAUGUUCACGUCACCAUAGCUGAAGCCGAAUGUGAUGUUGUGUAUUCCAACAAGACACACAUCAUCUGCAUGACAAAUGCCCAUGCUCCUUCAGGACCAGCUCCAGUUCACGUCAACAUUAGAAGCAUCGGCCUGGCCAAACUGGGCAAUGCUGAGUUCUUAUAUGUUGAUGCUUGGUCCUCCAACUUCUCAUGGGGAGGAAAAUCUCCUCCCGAAGAAGGGUCGCUUGCUGUUAUUACCAAAGGGCAGACAAUUUUGCUGGAUCAGAGUACACCUAUUCUGAAAAUGUUGCUUAUUCAGGGUGGAACUCUAAUAUUUGAUGAAGCCGAUAUUGAACUUCAGGCAGAAAAUAUCCUCAUUACAGAUGGAGGCAUUCUUCAGAUAGGGACUGAAGCAUCCCCAUUUCAACACAAGGCUGUCAUUACCUUGCACGGGCACCUGCGAUCUCCUGAGCUCCCUAUAUAUGGUGCCAAAACGCUGGCCGUGCGAGAGGGAGUCCUGGAUCUGCACGGCCUGCCUGUUCCUGUGAUCUGGACUCGUUUGGCUCAGACUGCCAAGGCAGGGGAAAGGACUUUGGUUUUACAAGAAGCUGUAACGUGGAAAGCAGGAGAUGAUAUUGUAAUUGCAAGCACAGGACACAAACACAGUCAACGAGAGAAUGAAAAAAGGACCAUUGCGUCUGUAUCUGCUGAUGGCGUAAACAUAACACUAACCAACCCACUAAACUACUCACACUUAGGAACCACUGUCACACUCCCUGAUGGAACUUUGUUUGAAGCAAGAGCAGAAGUUGGAAUUCUUACAAGAAAUAUCUUAAUAAAAGGAUCUGGUAAUGUGGAGUGGAAUGACAAAAUUCCAGCAUGUCCUGAUGAGUUUGACACAGGAGAAUUUGCUACACAGACAUGUCUCCAAGGAAAGUUUGGAGAAGAAAUAGGAAGUGACCAGUUUGGAGGCUGCAUUAUGUUUCAUGCUCCUGUACCUGGUGCUAAUAUGGUAACCGGAAGAAUAGAAUAUGUAGAGGUAUUUCAUGCUGGCCAAGCUUUCCGGUUGGGGCGAUAUCCAAUACAUUGGCACCUGCUGGGUGAUUUGCAGUUUAAGUCUUAUGUAAGAGGCUGUGCAAUUCACCAAACCUAUAACAGAGCUGUUACUAUCCAUAACACACAUCACCUUCUGAUUGAGAGGAAUAUUAUCUAUGAUAUCAAGGGAGGAGCAUUUUUUAUAGAAGACGGUAUUGAACAUGGUAAUAUCCUACAGUAUAACUUGGCAAUAUUUGUACAGCAAAGUACUAGUCUUCUGAAUGAUGAUGUGACCCCAGCUGCAUUCUGGGUAACCAACCCAAACAACACCAUCCGACACAAUGCAGCCGCUGGUGGCACUCACUUUGGCUUUUGGUACCGAAUGAACAACCACCCUGAUGGACCAUCCUAUGAUCGAAACAUUUGCCAAAAAAGAGUUCCUCUUGGAGAAUUCUUCAACAACACUGUUCAUUCUCAAGGCUGGUUUGGAAUUUGGAUAUUUGAAGAAUAUUUCCCCAUGCAAACAGGAUCUUGUACUUCUACAGAGCCGGUGCCUGCAAUAUUUAAUUCACUUACCACUUGGAAUUGUCAAAAAGGAGCUGAGUGGGUCCAUGGUGGUGCCCUUCAGUUCCAUAACUUUGUGAUGGUAAAUAAUUAUGAGGCUGGAAUUGAGACCAAGAGAAUCCUAGCUCCUUAUGUUGGAGGGUGGGGUGAAACCAAUGGAGCAGUGAUUAAAAAUGCCAAAAUAGUUGGUCAUCUUGAUGAACUGGGGAUGGGGCCUGCAUUUUGCACAAUGAAAGGUCUGCUUCUCCCAUUUAGCGCAGGCUUGACUGUAUCUUCCGUACACUUUAUGAACUUUGACCGUCCCAGCUGUGUAGCUUUAGGAGUCACAUCCAUCACUGGCGUUUGUAAUGACAGAUGUGGAGGAUGGAGUGCAAAAUUUGUUGACAUCCAGUAUUUUAACACACCAAACAAGGCUGGAUUUCGAUGGGAACAUGAAAUGGCACUGAUCGAUGUUGAUGGUUCACUUACAGGACACAAAGGACACACCGUCAUCCCACACAGCUCAUUGCUGGAUCCUUCUCACUGCACUCAAGAACCCGAGUGGAGCAUUGGAUUCCCCGGGUCUGUCUGCGAUGAUUCUGUCAGCUUUCACCGUUUAGCUUUCAAUAAGCCUUCUCCAGUAUCUCUGCUGGAAAAGGAUGUGGUUCUCUCAGGCUCUUUCGGCACAAGCAUUGUUCCUUUUCAGAAGAAGCGACUGACUCAUAUGUCAGGAUGGAUGGCUCUGAUUCCAAACGCAGAUCGCAUUAAUUGGUAUUUUAAAGGUGUAGAUCACAUAACUAAUAUAUCAUAUACAUCAACAUUCUACGGAUUUAAGGAAGAAGAUUAUGUAAUCAUAUCUCAUAAUUUCACUCAAAAUCCUGUUAUGUUUAAUAUUGUUGAUAUGAGGAAUGCCUCUUCAAAUGCAUUGGAUUGGAACACUAGCAAGAAUGGAGACUGGCACCUUGAAGCAAACACUAGUACUUUAUACUAUUUGGUGUCAGGAAGAAAUGACAUCCAGCAGAGUCAGCCUAUUUCUGGGACACUGGAUCCUGAUGUGAAAGAUGUCACUAUUAAUUUCCAGGCUUACUGUUGUGUUCUCCAGGACUGCUUUCCUGUACAGCCCUCAUCAAGAAAACCACUUCCCAGGAAGCGACCAGCCACAUAUAAUUUAUGGUCAAAUGAUUCUUUUUGGCAAUCAUCUCGAGAAAAUAAUUAUACCAUACCCCACCCAGGAGCAAAUGUGGUUAUUCCUGAAGGAACAUGGAUUGUAGCAGACACAGAUAUUCCCCCAAUGGAAAGGCUCAUUAUUUGGGGCAUUCUAGAACUGGAAGAUAAACACAGUAUGGGAGAUGCAGCAUCUUCUUACAGAAGAGUUGUUUUGAAUGCUACCUACAUAUCGCUGCAGGGAGGUAGAUUAAUUGGUGGCUGGGAGGAUAAGCCAUUUAAAGGAGAACUACAGAUUGUACUUAGAGGAAAUCAUUCUACCCCAGACUGGGCUCUGCCAAAAGGACCAAAUCAAGGGUCAAAGGUCCUAGGGGUAUUUGGUGAGCUGGAUCUUCAUGGAAUUCCACGUUCAAUAUAUAAAACUAAGCUUUCAGAAACUGCAGAGGCAGGUUCCAAAGCCCUGUCUCUGGUGGAUGCUGUGGAUUGGCAGGAGGGUGACGAGAUUGUGAUAACAACCACAAGCUAUGAUUCCCAGCAGACAGAAACCAGAAGUAUUGUAAAAAUUCUGCACGACCACAAAGUUCUCAUUCUCAAUGAUACUCUGUCCUAUACUCACCUUGCUGAAAAAUACCACAUCCCUGGCACGGGUCAGAGCUACACACUAGCAGCUGAUGUUGGGAUACUGAGUAGAAACAUCAAAAUCAUUGGUGAAGAUUACCCAGGUUGGGUCAAGGAAUCUUUUGGUGCACGAGUCCUGAUCAGCUCAUUUACUGAAAAUAUGAUGACAUUUAGAGGAAAAGCAAGAAUAAGUAACGUUGAAUUUUAUCAUAGCGGUCAGGAAGGCUACAGGGAUAGCACAGACCCAAGAUACUCUGUAACGUUUCUUAACCUGGGACAGAUUCAAGAACAUGGCUCAUCUUAUAUUCGAGGCUGUGCUUUCCACCAUGGCUUUUCCCCAGCAAUUGGUGUGUUUGGGACUGAUGGAUUGGACAUAGAUGAUAACAUCAUUUAUUUUACAGUGGGGGAAGGAAUAAGAAUAUGGGGGGAUGCCAACAGAGUCCGAGGGAAUUUGGUUUCACUUUCGGUUUGGCCAGGAACCUAUCAGGACAGAAAAGAUUCAAGUUCAACUCUCUGGCACGCAGCAAUUGAGAUAAAUAGAGGGACCAACACAGUCUUACAAAAUAAUGUAGUUGCUGGAUUUGGAAGAUCAGGCUACCGCAUUGAUGGUGAAUCUUGCUCAAGCCAGUCCAAUCGUAUGGAAAAGUGGUUUGACAAUGAAGCCCAUGGAGGUUUAUAUGGUGUUUAUAUGAACGAAGACGGCCUUCCUGGAUGUUCUCUGAUACAGGGAUUUACCAUUUGGACAUGCUGGGAUUAUGGAAUUUAUUUUCAGACCACAGAGAGCGUGCAUAUCUAUAACGUGACCCUGGUUGACAAUGGAAUGGCCAUUUUUCCAAUGAUUUACUUGCCAGCCGCUGUAUCUCACAAAAUUUCAAGUAAAAAAGUUCAAGUUAAGAGUUCAUUAAUUGUUGGAAGCAGCCCUGCAUUUAAUUGCUCUGAUGUCCUACGUAAUGAUGAUCCUAAUAUAGAACUUACUGCUGCCCAUCGGAGCUCUAGACCUCCAUCAGGUGGGAGAAGUGGCAUUUGCUGGCCUACCUUUGCCUCAGCACAUAACAUGGCACCCCGGAAACCGCAUGCAGGGAUCAUGAGUUACAACGCCAUCAGUGGCCUUUUGGAAAUCUCAGGUUUAACGUUUGUUGGAUUUAAGAAUGUUUGUUCAGGUGAAACUAAUGUAAUAUUCAUUACUAACCCUUUAAAUGAGGAUUUACAACAUCCAAUCCAUGUGAAGAACAUACAGCUGGUUGAUACUACUGAACAAUCAAAAAUACUUAUACAUAGGCCUGAUAUAAGUAAGGUGAAUCCAUCUGAUUGUGUGGACAUGGUUUGUGAUGCCAAAAGGAAGUCUUUUCUCAAAGACAUGGAUGGCUCCUUCCUGGGGCGUUCUGGCUCAGUGAUUCCUCAGGCAGAAUAUGAAUGGAAUGGAAACAGCCAACUUGGAAUUGGAGAUUACAGAAUUCCUAAAGUGAUGCUCACAUUCCCUAAUGGAAGUAGAAUUCCUGUUACCGAAAAAGCACCUUAUAAAGGAAUUAUUAGAGAUGCAACCUGUAAAUACAUUCCAAAGUGGCAGAGCUAUCGAUGUUUUGGGAUGGAAUAUGCAAUGAUGGUUAUCGAAAGCCUGGAUUCUGACUCAGAAACUCGAAGACUUUCACCAGUGGCUAUAGUGAGCAAUGGUUAUGUUGAUCUCAUUAAUGGGCCACAGGAUCAUGGAUGGUGUGCCGGAUACACGUGCCAGAGAAGACUGUCCCUGUUUCAUAGCAUUGUAGCUCUGAACAAAUCUUACGAAGUUUAUUUCACUAGCACCAGUCCUCAGAAUCUUCGACUGAUGUUACUUAAUGUUGAUGAUAACAAGGCUCUUCGAGUGGGAAUUUUUUUUUCCACACUUCAACGUUUGGAUGUCUAUGUGAACAAUUCAUUGGUCUGUCCCAAAAAUACAGUAUGGAGCCCCCAACAGAAACGAUGUGAACUUAAUAGGCACCUGUACACAGAACAAUCCCUUCCUACCCUGAAUUCCACAGUUCUCGGUGAAAACUACUUUGAUAGAACCUACCAGAUGCUUUACCUUUUGGUUAAAGGAACUAUACCUGUUGAAAUCCACACUGUUGCAGUCAUAUUUAUUUCGUUCCAAUUACCUGCUGUAACAGAAGAUGAUUUUUAUAGUUCCCAGAAUCUGGUUAGAAAUCUUGCCUUGUUCCUAAACAUACCAAGUGACAAAAUCCGUGUCAGCAACAUUAUACGAGGGAAGAGUCUGCGAAUGAAGAGAUCCAGGAGACUUAUAAUUGAAUUAGAAAUUGGAGAUCCUCCCACUCAGAUCAUAAACAAUGGCACUGCAGAUCAGAUGCAGUUAUCUGAACUCCAGGAAGUUGCUGAUUCUCUUGGACAAGCUGUGAUCUUAGGAAAAAUCAGUACUGUCCUUGGAUUUAAUAUCUCUUCCAUGUCUAUUACUAAUCCUAUCCCUAGCCCAAGUGAUUCUGGUUGGAAUAAGGUGACUGCCCAACCAAUUGAAAGGUCUGCAUUUCCUGUUCAUCACGUGGCCUUUGUGUUCUCCCUCUCAGUGAUCGCUCAGCCAGUGACAGCACAGCCAGGACAGCCAUUUUCCCAGCAGCCUUCAGUAAAGGCAGUAGAUUCUGAUGGUAAUUGUGUAUCAGUUGGGAUUACAUCACUUACUUUGAAGGCCAUACUAAAGGACUCCAGUAAUAACCAAAUCAGUGGUCUUAGUGGAAACACAACAAUUCCAUUUAGCAGCUGUUGGGCCAACUACACAGACCUGACUCUUCUUAGAAAUGGAAAGAGCUAUAAGAUUGAGUUUAUACUGGAUAAUGUCACUCGGGUGGAGUCAAGUACGCUCAGCCUACCAGUGCAGUCCAUCUCUGGCAGCGGCAGUAGCAGCAGCAGCAGCAACAGCAAAGCAUCACCUAGGGGUCCGGCUGCCUAUCUGACUGUAGUAAUUAGCUGUCUCAUAGGUAGAAUGCUGCUCUUGGAAAUAUUUGUGGCAACAGUUUUGAUUUUGAAUGAAGUAACUAUAGUGCUUUUCUGAAGAAUAUGCUGGAAACAAAAAUACAAGAACUGCUUGUUUAUUAGCUAUUUUGUUGCACAGUGCAGAAAAAGUCCAUUCAAGAAAAUAUAUUAAAAAUAUUUGUAUAAUAUAUACAAUGUACUAAUUAACUCUUAAUCAUGAAAAUCAAAUUUCUUCAAAAAUAUAAAUUUCUUUUGAUUCCUUAUAUUUGUAUGUUCUUAUUUCAUUUCUAAAAACUUUCAGAAAUCUCUGAUCGAGAAACAGAUAUGCCACUUCCAAGUUAUUAUUUCAACAAAUUAUAGACUACAUCAAAGAGUUAAAAAAAAAAAGAGCUUGUCUAGUUUUGACUUAACCUCUUCAGAUGAGAUUUCAAGUAUUUUGAAAUUUUGUAUAUACUGGGGGAUUGUGAUUUUCUAUUUAUGAAGCUCUAAUCUCCAAAGAGCUAAGCUAUUCUAAAAGGAGCCCUUGUAGUGCAGUGGAUAAGUGCCUAGCUGCUAACCAAAAGGUCGAUGGUUCAAACCCAUCAGCCGCUCUGCAGGAGAAAGAUGGGGCAAUCUGCUUCCAUAGAGCUUGCAGCCUUGAAAACCCUGUGGGGCAGUUCUACUGUGUCCUAUAGGGUUGGUAAGAGUCAGGAUCAACUUGAUGACGACUAGUUUUAAGCUAUUCUCAUUCCUAAGAGUUUUGAAGAGAUUGUUUUAGACCUUUCUCAGACUGUGUUGCUGUUUGUCAUAUCCACAGUUAUCCUAGGAAUUCUGGACUGACCAGUAUUUCUGAGAUUACCAAACUCUAGCCAGUCUUCUAAGAAGAGAUUUCUUAGUGUCCCUGGGACAGACUGUUUAUUGGAACAAGUCCAGACUCCUUCUCUGCUUAUCCUUCUUUCCCAUCCAAAACUGCCACUACUAAGAGUGUAACCUCCCCCAACCUGAACCAACAGAUACUUACUUUCAAGAGGAUAAAACUGUGGAAUGCAAAAAAGCCACAGAAGGAUGUAGCUAAAUUAACUUUAACAUAACUUUAACAUGAAAAAAAAAAAAAAUCCUCACAACUGGACCAAUAACCAACAUCAUGGUAAACGGAGAAAGAUUAAGUUGUCAAGGAUGUCAUUUUACUUGGAUCCACAAUCAAUGCUUAUGUAAGCAGCAGUCAAGAAAUCAAAUGACACAUUGCAUUGGGCAAAUCUGCUGCAAAAGACCUCUUUAAAGUGUUAGAAAAGCAAAGAUACCACAUUAAGGACUAAGGUGCACCUAACCCAAACAAACUGAAGAAAACCCACCAAAACCCAAGGUGUUUUCAGUCACCUCCUAUGCAUGCGAAAGCUGGACAAUGAAUAAAGAAGACAAAAGAAGAAUUGAUGCCUUUGAAUUAUAGUGUCAGCAAAGAAUAUUGAAUAUACCAUGGACUGCCAGAAGAAUGAACAAAUCUGUCUUGGAAGAAGUACAACUAGAAUGCUCUUUAGAAGCAAGGAUGACAAGACUUUGUCUCACAUAAUUUGGACAUGGUUUCAGGAAGGACCAGACUCUGGAGAAGGACCUCAUGCUUGGUAGAGGGUGAGUGAAAAAGAGGAAGACCCUCAACAAGGUGGGUUGACAUAAUGGCUGCAACAAUGGGCUCAAGCAUAACAAGGAUUUUGAGGAUGGCACAGGACCAGGCAAUGUUUUGUUCGGUUGCUAUGAGUCAGAACCAACUUGACAGCAGCUAACAACAAGUUAACCAAGAUCUCAUAUUAUGAAAAUUGUAAAUUUUACUCAGAAUAUUCUAAAGGAAUGGACAUGGGAAAUACAGGGCAGAAAGGAGGAGCAUACUGUCACAUUAUACGGAGAGCAACUGGGUCACAUAACAAUGUGUGCAUAAAUUUUUGUAUGGGAAACUAAUGUCAACUGUAAACUUUCACUUAAACCAAAAUAAAAUAAGAAGAAAAUUCUAAAGGGAAUGCUUCAUUCUAUCCAUGUCCAGAGCAAGUGGAGUUGGUACCCACAAAAGUUACCCUCUAGUAAGUGAUACCUAAAGUGAUACUCAGCAAGAAUUUGGAACAACUGAGAGAAUUCAACAAAGCCCAUACCUUUGACUCCU